AUGGCGUCCGCCAAGCUCGUCGCGCCCGUCGUGGCAGUGUGCGCGUUGAUCGCAGUGCUGCUCGUGGCAGCCCCAUGGCAUGUGCAGAGUGCUGCGAUUGCAUCUGAAGGUGGCGACGCCUUGUCCGGAAGCGAAUUUCCCUCGGACAUCAGCCGUGGCCGCGUGCUCAAGUCCAAGAGCUCCGAUGAGAGCACCUCCGAUACAAGCUCCUCCGACUCUAGCAGCAAGAAGUCGAAGAAGAGCGACUCGUCUUCGUCAGACCCGACUCCGUCUCCCGCGAAGAAGGGCGGAAAGUCCGCGGAAGAGACCACUCCUUCUAAGUCCUCCAAGAAGUCCAAGACGCCUACCGAUUCGCCCGCUCCUCCUACCAAGUCCGGGAAGAAGGGUAAGGGCUCGGACGUUCCCGCGUCUCCCCCGCCUACCACCACCGGGAAGAAGGGGAAGAAGGGCGGAAGCAGCGACCCUUCCCCCUCCCCUCCGCCUACCACCACCGGGAAGAAGGGGAAGAAGGGCGGAAGCAGCGACACUCCCGCCACUCCCUUGCCAACCACCCCCAAGAAGAAGGGCGGACACAAGAACUGGACCGCCCCUGCGACCCCCACCCCUGAUCCCGUGCCCGCGCCUGCUACGAACGGAAAGAAGGGCGGAAAGAAGGGCGCAAACUCGGGCGCUGGCACUGGCGGGUCCGCGCCCGUGGUGGUGAGCAAGGCGGAUCAGAAGAUUCAGGGACUGCUCAAGACGGCCGCCGGCGGCGUGCAGAAGGCGGCGGACACGCUGGGCACGAAGCACAAGUACUACGCGAGCCUGACGGCGACGGUGCAGGCGCUGACGAACGCGGGCAUUCUGAUCGACGAGGGGCAGCGCACGCUCGUGCAGGGCCAGAUCGCCAACGCCGUUUCCACCAUCGACGGCGUCUCCGUUAUGCUCGACCCCGUUAAUGACAAGAAGGUGCUCUCAACCCUGGCGUCCGCUAAGGCCACCGCGGAGGAGGCGUCUAAGGCCUUCAAGCCGUAG